AUGACCUCCAGUACCCAAAUAGUUCUUUCGAAACUUUACGUCGAUAAAGCUCGUAAAGAGCUACAUGAAGAACCGAAACAUGUUGUGGCUCACAUUCACAGUUUGAAACGAUACAUCGCAGGACUGCCACACUUGAAGUGUCCUCAAGACGAUCGAUUCUAUGUGGCUUUUCUUCGUCGUGCAAAAUAUCAACAUUUUCGAGCCCAGGCCUAUAUGGAGAAUUUUAUUACACUCAGAUGCUCGAAAAAUCAGUCGUCCUCUUUGUGGUUUGACAGGACCACGUUAACAUCAGCUUUGUUGGAUCGCUAUUUGAGCCUUUGACUUUGCCUAUGCUCCACAUGCACAGGACGAUGGGAUCAUCACGUGUUGAGUGCCGAUCAGCUGUUUCAAUUUGCCGCAUUGCAAGCGGAUCGCCUUGCCGAGGAUCCCCGAAUCCAAAUAGCCGGAUUUCAUCUCCUAUUCGACAUGACCGGUAUGUCCUCAGUCCAGGUGACUAGGCUAAAUCCGGCGAAAAACGCGAUGGAAUUAAUCACACUGUUCCUGACCUUCCUCUUAAAUGACAAAGUUGACGAGAUCUGCAAAAAGGUUCCCGGUUUGUGUGAUGUCUUACCGGCGGACUACGGUGGUCACGGCAGUAGUGUGGACCAAAUACUGGCAAACUUCAGCCCGGAAUUCAAGCGGUAUGUUGAAUGCCCUCAUUUAUGGGAUGAAAUGGCAGCUGACGAGUCACAACGACCAGACUGGACAAAGGUUUAUGUGUCCGAUUACGGUUAUAAUCUGAGCCCAGGAACGGACGGCCUCAGUCGUCACGGUUCUGUAUUCUCUUCAUGA